AUGGCGCGGCUCCGCUCGCACCUCCCGCACUGCAAGGCCGCGCCGCCAUCGCCACCGGCACCGGGCAGCGACCCCGGGCCCGGCAGCGGCCGAGGGUCAGGGGCCCGCCGGGGCCCCGCCAGCGCACCGGGAUCCGCGCUGGGAGCGAGCCCUCAGCCCUGCCCCGCCACCGGCAGCGCCGCGGGGCCGAGCGCAGCGCCGGGACCCCGCCCGGGCCCCGCUACCGGCCCCGGUCCCGGCCCCGCCCGGAGCGGCUCGCGUGCCGUGCGGGACGUGGCCAGGAGCCUGGAUCUGCACCCCGAGGAGGUGGAGGAUGUCCCCAAGCUGCUGCAGAAGGGGGUGAAGGUGGUGAUCGAGAAGCACCGCGCCAGGGUGGUCAGGGAGAAGGAGCCCCGCAGCAGAGCGGGGAGCCGCGGGGAAGGCACGGAGCCCGGCCCGGAUCCACACCCGCAGAGCCGCAAAAGUGCCCAAAAACCCAAGAGCAAGGAGGCUCGGAGUCAGGGAGCCGUGGGGAACGGGACUGGCAGCUCCAAGGGAGGAAAAAGCACUUUAAAGGCAACAAAGGCGCUUCAAGAGCCGCCUGAGAGCAGAAACGGCCCCGGUGACCUCGUCCAGCAGGAGGGAAGAGAAAAACCCACGGCAGGAGAGGAGCGGGUGCGCCUGGAAGCUGUGGGGGGAUCGAAACCCCCCGUGCCUGCUUUGCAUCCCGCCAUCCUCCAUCUGUCACUGGCGGAGGCGUUCGGAGGCCCGGGGACACCCAGAAAUGAGCUCGGCAGGCUGCAGGGGCCGCGGGCCGGCGGGGAGGGAGUGCCCGAGCCUGCGGGGAACCUGGGGCUAGCUCUGCUCUGCUCCCCCAAAAUCCAGCCCACCCCUUCACCCCAGGCCUCUGGCAGCAGCGCCACGGCCUUGGAGUGGUUUCCAGAUUUGUAUCCCGAUUAUGAAGGGCUGAGGAUUUUUCCAGGGAAGCGUUUCCGCCAGGAUGUGAGGAUCGCAGUGGAGGCACCCAAGAGUGGUUUGGCACAGGGGCAACAAGGUCCCCUCUCGGAGAGGCCCCUGAUGGAGGUGAGGCUGGGGGAGCUGCACACCUGGAUCAGCACCUGCAACUUCUCUCCCCGGGGGCUGCUGGCAGCAGUGCAGAGAGCCUGGAGCAGUUAUUGUGCCAAGUACAUCCAUGUGAAGCAGGGGGGACCCGCUGGAAUCUCCAUGCUCCUGGCUGGGUACUGCCUGCUCAGCUAUGGCUGGAACUACCAGCACCUCAAGCGGCACCGCUGGCGAAAAUACCACUGAAGGAGCUGGAGCAGCACCAAAGGAACAGCCACAGCUCUUUGGGAGGCAGCAGAGCGCCCAGGACCGGGAUGCCAUCAGGAAUUCCCAGCAGCAGGGGCCUGGCUGGGGCUGGAGCUGAGGAGGGGCCGCUUUGCAGGUCGGCUUGUGUAGCAGAGAGGUGACAGGGACAGCCUGUGGUCACCCCUCCGUGGGCCAGGCAGCUUUCAGUAGUGAAAUGAGAAAGCUUUAGAGGCACCCUGGGAGAUCGGUGUGGGCAGGAGAGCUCCUGGAGGACGGAUCCUCCAGAUCCCUGGACUGGGACAGGGCACAGCACCUUGUCCUGAGCUGUCAUUAGAGAUCCUGUGACAAUUCCUCUGUAGCUGAGGGUCGUAGCAGGGUGGGCUUCGACCCCACUACCCAUUUUCUGGCCCAGCCCAGUCUGUACUCACCCCUUGUACUGGUGGGACUGGCCAGGACCUGUGUGGAGCAGCAGCUCAGACCACAGCGCCCUAAUUCUGGGGAGGGAAAAAUCCAUGGGAUGAGCUGUUGUGCCCAAGGGGCAAACCCGUGCCUGCAGCAGACAAAGCAGGGCAGUCAGGAGUGCUAGUUGCAGCCUGCCAUUCCCAGACAUGUCUGGGAAAGGGUUGGUCAUGCUGCAGGCAUGAAGGGCAAAAAGAAAAGCCAAGAAUUAAAAGUCUGAGCUCUUUAUUCUGCAGAGUGCGCUAGUGCCGUGACAGAGGUGUUGCACCAAAAACUCUCUCACCAGCAAUAAAAACCCCUGUGGAUUUUCCUUUC